AUGUCGAUAGUACCCAUUAUCACCUUCAAAGCUGGUAUCUGCGAUCUAGAUCUGUCGACCGGAACUGACAGCAGCUCCCAGACUUCGGUGUCUCCGCACAGAGUCAAGCCAAAGCCUACUCCCGGUUACAUCUACUUGUACUCUGAAGAUGAACUCAUCCACUUCUGCUGGCGCCCUCGCUCCGCACCACUUACGGAGCCCGAGCUGGAUCUGGUGAUGGUCCCCUCAGAUGGCUCCUUCACACCAUACAAGUCCCCACAAGCAGGCACCAAGGCGCCCACCAAUGGGCGGAUCUACGUCUUGAAGUUCUCGUCCAGCUCCCAGCGGUACCUGUUCUGGCUGCAAUCCAAGACCCAGCACGAGAGAGGCAAUCUUAGCUGGUUCAGCCCCAGGGACCUGAAGCUGGGAGAGAUUGUCAACACUCUGCUUCAGGGAGAAGAGAUCGAUGUCCAACGAGAAAUCGCGAACCUGCCGCGGGGUCCAGGCGGUCGAGGCGGCGAUGACGAUGAAACCAUGGAGGACGUGGAGGGAUCUCAUAAUGUCUCCGACCACCGCGGGAGCAGCGGCGGAGCUGGCCUGGAUGCGACAGGAGGUGAUAUCCGAGAAGAGGGCGAGGAGUCCCGGGAGGGUGGUGCGGACGGUGGCCGAGCGGCUACUGUUCCGUCAUCUGAUCCGUCGUCUGUCGUACAGGGUCUUCUCAGGUCCCUCCAAGGGAACCAGAACGUUCAGCCCCAGGCUCACGAAAACCUUUUCACUACCCUAACCGACCUGCUUUCUCCAUCGUCGACCCUUCCGAUGGUCGAAUCCGCGGACGAGCAAGCGGUUGACAAUCUUUUGAAUUUCCUGCCACCAUCGUUAAUCCUCCUGGCGCAAGGUGCCGAGGAUGUAUCUGCCACGGAUGCCAACGCCGAGACCGCGCAAGCGGUAUUGCUCUCUCUUGACUUGAACCAGAAGAAAGAUAUCCUCCGGCGAGUCCUGCGCUCUCCUCAGUUUACCCAAAGUCUCGGAAGCCUCACCGUCGCUCUCCGAGAUGGGGGCCUGCCCAGUAUCAGUGAAGCUCUCAAAGUCCCGGUAGAGAAUGGAGGGUUCGUGCGCGGAGGUGGGGUGCCUCUGGGUGGUGGCGACGCGGUUGAAGCAUUCCUGGAAGGCGUCCGAAGGCAUGUAACAGAAAAGAAGGAAUCGCACAGUGACGAGCGCAUGGAAACCGACUAA